AUGCCCCCGAUCCGCAUUUUGGACCCCGAAACAGUAGCCAAAAUGGCUGCAGGAGAGGUGAUCCAGCGACCAUUUAACGUUGCCAAGGAGCUGGUAGAAAACGCGACUGAUGCAGAUGCACCAACAAUCAGGUUGUUCGUUAGCAGCAAUUGCUAUGAUCUGCUAAUGGUUUGCGACACAGGCCACGGCAUAGAACGGACAGACUACUCCCUCCUCUGCCACCGGUUUGCAACGAGCAAGAUUGAAACCUUUAGUGACAUUUACAGUAUCCAGUCCUUUGGUUUCAGAGGAGAGGCUCUUUCAUCUAUUAGUUAUGUAAGCCGUAUGAUAGUUGUUUCCAAAACAAAGAAUCAACCUGCAUACGUGGCCGUGUACAUAGACGGAAAGCUUCACUUCGACCCAAAGACACUUACAUCUGAGCACACUGACUUCUUCAUCAGCACCUUAAAGGCGGAUUCUUUCACCAUAAUUUGUGUUACCGAUCUCUUCUAUGCAGAACCAAUUAGGCGUAAUCAAAUCCGCAGUUCGAAAACUAGUUUAGAUUUGCAAGAGCUCUUAAUAUCUAUUUCUGCUGCUAACCCUACGAGAGAAUAUUCUAUUUCGUUUAUAGAUAAUCCCCAGGCCAUUCAAAGAGAGAUUCAAUCUUGGCUCAACGACACACAACACAUAUCCGGCAUGCUAUCGCUUAUUUCAUACACUAUUGAGUUUGGAACUGCAACCCUCCACUUCAGCUCUACGACGACAAGGUACCAGCGGUUCCUCCAAGUAUUGACUGCAUUAUUAAGUCAAACUAAAGGUUGUGGGACCGAGCCGCUGCAGGUUCAGUCUCUCGUCAAGCACUAUCCUUGUGAUACAUGCAGAGAGCUAUCUUUCUACUUCGUUGAUCCAGUAGAUCAUUCACGACAAGACAAACGCCUUAUUAAUCUUCUGAUAUUUAUUAAUGGUCGAAGGGUACAGUACCCACGUCUAAAGAAUGCCGUUCAGAGUGUAGUUGAUAUAUAUCUAUCUGCUUUUAGCACCAUUCAGGCAGGGAUACUAUGGAUUGCAGUUGAUCCUGGUGGCUGUGACCCCAAUGUUCACCCUUCCAAAGAGAGGGUACUACUCCUCGAGGAAGAAGUGAUAUACACAGCAGUUAUUGAUAUGCUAACACAGCACAUGAAGGAGCAUCAUGUGAAAACAGCGGAACAGUUAUUAUCUCAACCUAAAACAAAGCUUCGGCCCCGAUUGGCACCUACUGAUAACUCAGUUCAGAAAAGCAAUCGGCUGAUUAAUACUCUGGACUCGUCGUUCAAAGGCACAAGCAGCCCCCUGUACAAGCAAAGGCAUGAUCCUUCAAUGGUCUCAAUUCUUCGAUUUGAAAACGUGCAGAGAACCCCACGUGAGAGAGAGCCACCAAACACCCAAACAUCGGCUCCAUGCAGUCCUCCACUUCAGCUCUCUCAUCACAUUGAUUCCCAUGAUCAAGAAGGAGAGGGGAAACAAGUAGACUGUGAUAGGGAAAGUAAAGAAAAUCAGACUACAGACAUAUCUGAUACUGCUAUAACAGACGAUGUGGUAAUUAUUCAACAGGUUCAGGAUAUCCAGGCACAGAAUGCUGAACCGCUGAAUUACAUGGCUUUCUUUGACAAAGAAUUUGGUGAGUAUAGCAAGAGGUCUCGUCGUGCUUUGGCAAGUAUAGGCAUUCAAAGACUUAUAGAUAGUCUUCCUGCUGCGUACAAUCCAGGCACACUUCCAGCUCUCAAUAGGGAUACAAGGCCCAUACUGUGUGGCGCCACCACCAUGUUCAGUAGCGAAGGGACCAACAUGCUCUUGGGAUUCCUCCAAAGCAAGGAGCUAGCUCUUAUAUGUGUUGAUAUUGGGAAAUUACUGGUCGCUAAGAUGCUAUCCUGCUAUUACAAUUUGCUCAGUUCGCAGUAUCUAAGCCGCGAUAUCUUUUAUAGAGUCUCUGGUCAGGAGGUGCAUUCAAAGAAGCUUGCGGAACUUCUGAGUGACCACAUGUUUGGAAUAAGCAAUGAUGCAUUGGUUCUUGCUCCCCAUAUAUUGGUGCUCUUGGCACAAAGCGAUCAAAACUAUAAGGAAAUAUUAGACAUAAUCAGAAGAUGGGAUUUGUUUCCAGACAAGAACAGCCUUGAGAGCUUUUUGAAGGAAGUCGACACAGAGUCCUGCUACACACUUGCUAAGAGCUAUGUUGAAUUACUGGUGAGCAUUCUUAUGGACCGAAUUGGUCAACAGCCACCAGAACUUUGCCAAGCUCUUCAGGCGCUCUCCCCCACUCUACUAGGAGAUAAUGAAUGGUGCUGCUAUGCUCUCACAGGAUAUUCUGCUAGAGAGAUCCUCCAAUCGUUUAACAGGGUUGUUUAG